AUGGGAAAGAAGGCGAUUCAUUUCGGUGCUGGCAAUAUCGGCCCUGGCGAGACCGCUCAGCCAGACGCUGGGCCGACGCUGGGCCGACGAGCCAAAGGCAGCAGGCACUCGUCGCUGGCGGCAUUUGCUGACGGCACCCAAGGCCGUGGCUUUGUUGCCUGCUUCCUCCACAACUCAGGCUACGAAGUCGUCUUCGCCGAUGUCGUCGACUCCCUGAUUGACAAGAUCAACGCGACGCCCUCGUACAAGGUCAUCGAGGUCGGCGCAGAGGGCACGGCGGAAAGCGUCAUCACAAACUACCGUGCCAUCAACUCCAAGACGCACGAGGCGGAUCUGGUCGAGGAGAUCCGCACGGCCGACAUCGUCACGUGCUCCGUCGGCCCCAACAUCCUCAAGUUCAUCGCGCCCGUCAUCGCCAAGGGCAUCAACGGCCGACCCAACGGGUCCCCCCUUCACGUCAUCGCCUGCGAGAACGCCAUCGGCGCCACCGACACGCUUGCCCAGUUCAUCAAGGACCCGGCCAACACGCCAUCCGACCGUCUCGAGGACCACCAUCUCCGAGCCCGCUACGCCAACUCUGCCAUUGACAGGAUUGUGCCCGCGCAGGAUGCCGACGCUGGCCUCGACGUCAAGUUGGAAAAGUUCUUCGAGUGGGUGGUCGAGAAGACGCCGUUUGAGGAUGUCGGCAUUCCCGACAUCAAGGGCAUCAACUGGGUCGACAACCUGGGCCCCUUUAUUGAGCGCAAGCUCUUCACGGUCAACACUGGCCACGCCACGGCGGCCUAUCAUGGCUACAACCGCAGGAAGCGCACCGUCUACGAUGCCCUCCAGGACAAGGAGAUCAUGGCCGAGGUCCGCGGUGCCCUGAUGGAGACGAAGAAUCUCAUCGUUUCCAAGCACGCGAUUCCCGAGGAGCAGCAGGCUGCCUACGUGGAGAAGAUCAUCAAGCGCAUCGGCAACCCCCACCUGGAGGAUGCCGUCGAACGUGUCGGCCGCGCGCCCCUGCGCAAGCUGUCCCGCAAGGAGCGCUUCAUCGGUCCCGCUGCCGAGCUCGCCGAGCGAGGUCAGCCCAUCAAGUUCCUCCUCGACGCCGUCGAGAUGACGUUCCGCUUCCAGAAUGUCGACGACGACGAGGAAUCCAAGGAGCUGGCGACCAUCAUGUCGGAGCACAGCGCCGAGGAUGUCGUCACCAAAGUCUGCGGCAUCCAGUCGGGCGAAAAGAUUUACUCGCAGCUGGUGCAGUGCGUCAAGCGUGUGCAGGACGACAGCCGCGAGGAUUGA